CCACUCUUCUCCAGUCUCCUGGUGGAGAGGGAACACAGCGUCUUUACGGCCGCAUGGCUUCACGAUAGUACGAAUGGAUUCCUAAACUUUUACAUCCCAAUCCUUACACCCGUCUACCUCGUAUAAUUAAAUCUCCUCAGGUUGAAUUCCCGCAGCUGAAGCCAUGGACGCGCCUCCACAGACAAAGACAGUUGGAAACCUCCAGUCUCCCUCAGCAGCUAACCUGGCCACGUUGCAGUCUUACAGACCUCUUCUAAGUGACUAUGGACCUCCAUCUCUGGGAUUUUCACAGGGCUCCACUGGCAGCCAAGUACCUCAGAACAAAUAUGCAGAGCUCCUGGCCAUCAUUGAAGAACUUGGGAAGGAGAUCAGGCCCACGUAUGCUGGAAGCAAGACUGCAAUGGAGAGACUGAAAAGAGGAAUAAUCCAUGCCAGAGGACUGGUGCGUGAAUGCCUGGCUGAGACGGAGAGAAACGCAAGGUCCUAGCUACAAUCACACAUUUGUCUUUGCAAGAAGAACUAACAGUGUUGCGCCUCAUCAAAAACAAUAAAUAACUUGCAUGGGAUUUCCUGUGAGAGGAGGAGGUAAACGAAUAAUGAAUGGAAAAGGAAGUUCAGCUCCUAGAGGAAAUGAAAAAAAAAA